AUGCUGGGCCACCUCCAGCUCACCAACGCGUACAACAUCGGCAUCGGCAAGAGCGACAUCACUGGGCCAGCCGCUAAGAUCGUAAUGAUGGGGUUCGCUGACUCAACUGAGACCACCUCGGGCAUUCUGAACCGGCAGUACGCGCGCGCCUUCCUGAUCGAAGACCCCGACUCCAACAGCCGAAUCAUGUUCGUCCACUGCGACCUCAUGGCGGUCAUGCAGCUCGUCCACCAAGAGGUCCUCGCUCAUCUCGCCACCAAGUACCACGGACUAUACACCGAGCAGAACGUCAUCCUCCACGCAACACACACGCACGCUGGUCCCGGUGGCACCGCAGGAUACACGCUCUAUGAUAUCUCCAUCUUCGGGUUCGUUACCGAGAACUUCGACAAGAUCGUGAGCGGUAUCGUGGCUGCCAUCGACGCCGCGCACAACUCGGUUGAGAGCGGCUCCAUCCGCUGGAACAAGGGCGAGGUGACCAAGGGCGGCAACAACCGCUCGCUCAAGGCCUACCUGGCCAACCCGGAGUCCGAGCGAGCGCUGUACCCCAGCAACAUCGACACGACGAUGCGCGCGCUCCAUUUCUUCAAUGAUGCGGGCAAACUACGCGGAGUGUUGGCGUUCUACCCUGUGCACCCGAAUAGUCUCAAGGGCAAGAACCACCUUAUCAGUGGCGACAAUAAGGGAUACGCCGAGUUCCUUCUUGAGGACGAGCUGGAUGACGUCGUGGUUGGAAUUGGUAUCGCGAAUGCCGGUGACGUGAGUCCGAACCUGAUCGACAACGGCGACGGCACGUACCGUGGAGAGGGUAACACUACCAUUGAGUCGGCUGAGAUCAUGGGCAAGCGGCAGUACGACACGCUCAAGGCGCUGAUCAACGGAGACUCGGAGCUCAUCAAGGGCUCCGUCGUGGCCAACCUGUCGUAUGUUGACUUCUCCAACGUCACGCUGAAGGGGGUCGAUUCUACCUCCGCCGAUCCGUACGCAGGUAGAACGUGUCCCGCCGUUGUGGGUCAGAACUUCGGUGCUGGCACAGAAGACGGGCGUGGCCUCAGCAUGUUCACGGAGGGCAACCUGAAGGCCAACCCGUUCUUCAAGACGCUCGGCGCUAUCAUCAAGAAGACCCCCAAGUGGGUGCAGAGCUGCCAGAACUCGGACAAGAUCCCCAUGUUGGCGGUCGGGCUCAUGGAGCCGAAGCCCUGGGUGCCGACCAUUCUGCCGGUGCAGAUCGUCAAGAUCGGCCAAUUCGGCCUUGCAGUCACCAACUUCGAGACUACAACCAUGGCUGGCCGACGCAUCCUCAAGACGGUGAAGGCAGCGUUAAAGCCUGCCGGUGUGACGGAGGUUGAGUUGGCUUCAGUCAGCAAUGGCUACGCGGGAUACAUGACGACGAGGGAGGAGUACGUCACGCAGCACUACGAAGGCGCCUCCACCAUCUUUGGCCCGAAUCAACUGGCCGCAGUGCAGCAGGAGCUAGCUCGCGUAGCAGCGUCCGUUGUCGACCCUUCUGUGCCGCUGGACGUCGGGCCGACUCCGCUGCAGAUCGACCGUGACGACCUCGACACACUCGACACGGGCGUGGUGAUGGACACGCCGCCACUUUUCCACAGCUUCACCUACGUCCACACGCAGCCUUCGAGCUCCUACACAGUCGGAAGUGUGGCGUCGGCUGAGUUUGCCGGUGCGCACCCGAGGAACGGUCUGACGAAGGUCUCGUCCUUCUGCGAUGUCGAGAAGCUCGGCUCUAACGGAGCGUUCACCACCGUCAUGACCGACGCGCACUGGGUCGUUCGCUACUACUGGGAGCGCCACCUCGUCGCUCAGAGCAAGAACACGUGUGAGUGGAACAUCCGCUCGGGAGGACGUACGAGUGUCCCUGGUAAGUACCGCUUCGUCCACCGCGGCUACUCCAAGAGCUUGACAGGCAAGCUGACGCCCUACGUAAGCACCUCCGACACGUUCACUGUGGCGGCGUAG